CGCUGGGUUCAGCGCCCUAAAUUCAAUCAGACCUAGCGAUAGUUAGGUUAGGCUCCAACACAUCCGUUUAAGCUAGUUAUCGCUACCUAUACGUUAGCAUUUAGCUUCACUUGCCUCGGGAUAUCCUAGGUCUUCAAAUGGCUUACUGGAUCUGUUGCAACUCCUGCUUCCUCUCCCUCAGUGCUGAAAGAAAACUAGCUGUCACAACCUGUGGCCAUAUCAUCUGUAGUAUCUGUUAUCAGAAAGGCAAACCAGGUCAGUGUUUAAUAUGCAACACCAAAUGCCAAAUAUCACCUCUCACUGACAAAAGCAGCUCAGAGGUGAAGGCCCUGUUCUCCGACAUCAAUGUUGUGGCAACCAAGCACUUCACGGAAAUCAGCAAAGUUCUAAUGUUCCAGGCAAGACAUCAAAAGAGACUGUUGACCUACUACCAGCAAAGGAAUGAGAAACUAGAAGAUGUGUUAGUCAAGAUGAAGCAAGAAAUGCAGCAGAUGGCAAAGAAGCUGAAUGAACAGAGUGCCUACAUCACUAAGCUGGAAAACUCUUUUCAGCAUCAGAGUGCCAAAGUUUCAUCAGGGCCUCAGAUGAGCCACAGUUCCCAUACUCCACAUGGACAUAAAUCAGUCCUACAGAUCCAGUAUACCUCCCCCAUGUCCCUCUCAAGACACUCUUCAGGGACUAAUAUCACUGAAAACAUGGAGCUGGAUGAAAGAAGUCUGUUCAGGAAACCUAACACUGUCCCCAGACUGUCAUUGAUCAGUCCUCCACAAGAUGGACGGAUGGGCACCAUCCCUCACAGGUCGUCCAAUCACAACACGUUGGCGAACCAUUCUGCAUGCUCUGCCACAGUCAGUCGUUUUCAAGGAUCUCCAGUGACCCCAGAUAUUUCAUACGACCAGAGUUCUGGAUGGAAGUCUCCCAUCUUCAAACCUCUCUCCUCCUUCAGACACUCCAUGUCCUCCCUGGUUUGCCCUCCUCCUUAAAAAACACACACAUAAACUGACAUGAAGCCUUUUAGAGGAAAUACACCUGGCCACUGACGUGUAUAUAGAGGUAUUUACGUCUUUCACAACCUAAAAUGAGUCACCAAAGAGUUUGUGUAAUGUGUUUUAACGACCCUGGAAUCACAGAUGAAAUUUAUUCGGCUUGUAUUGUACUGUACAUUGAUGACUAAACUCUUUCUGUGUUGUUGAAUUGGCUCACAAUGAAUUAAAGGGAUGAAAUGAUGACAC